AUGGUAACCGGCGCUUUGCGACUUGAGUUUGCAGCGGUCGCGCAGCAGCUGCCGCAGUGGUUGCUGGAGGGCGGCCGCUGGCUCUGCAUCGUGGGCGGCUGGGACGGUUCGCGGCGCCUGGCUUCUGUGGCUGCGCUGGACACAGAGCGUGGAGUGUGGGAAGAGUGGAAAGCGGCCCCUGGCAACUGUCCCCCUGCUGGCCUCAGCAGUCACACAUGCACUCGCCUCUCAGACCGGGAGCUGCGGGUGGCCGGCCGAGAGGGUGGGGUCCGCACUCAGCGACGUUAUGGAAGCAUCUACGCGUUAAAGCUGGACCCUGGCGCCCGCACCUAUUGCUACAAGGAAGAAGGCUGCCGCACAGUCUCUCGAUCAGGUCACUGUGCUGCCCUGCUGCAAACUCCUGGGCCCCACCCGGGCCAUCAGCUUUUGCUGUUUGGGGGGUGCAGUUCAGCUGAACCAGAAGUAGCUGGGCAGUGGAGUCAUGGGAAGAUUCAGGAGCAGCCCCCUGUUGCCCCUCAUUUGACAGAACAGCUUGCAAGGAUUGUAAGCAGUGGAAAGGGGACCCAACGGGGGCCCCGUGGACUGCGGCAUCACUCCUGUUCUGUGGUGGGGCCCUUUGCUGUGCUGUUCGGUGGAGAAAGUCUGACCAGAGCGAGAGACACCAUUUGCAAUGACCUCUACAUCUAUGACACCCGCAAGCCCCCUUCUCUGUGGUUCCACUUCCCCUCUGCAGACCGUGGGCUGAAACGUGUGGGCCAUCGCACCUGCCUCUGGAACGAUCAGCUUUACCUGCUCGGGGGCUUUGGUGAGGACGGCAGGACAGCGAGCCCACAGGUUUGCUCCCUGGAUCUCUUGAUCUAAAGAACAGUGACAUAAACCACUGCAAUGAGAGCUGUCUGCCUCACUUCGAAGGUUUACAUUAAACUUCAACCUGAGAGUCAGCAUUUGUCUUUGAAUCCUUUUGGGGGGGCAGUAAACAGAAACAUCUUUAUUUGCAAGGAAAGAACAAAGUAUGGAUCUUUUCUGAUGCUGUAAGCCACUGACCUGAUGGUAACAAAAGCCACAA